AUGCGACAUUUAUGUCGCUGGCGAAAUCUUCUUGAUGACUUAGCUUUUCAACAUCAAUUUAAUCUUUUCAAGAUUUCAUUUCCAUUGUCUGCAACUCAAUUAGAAGAACUUGCAAAUCAUCAUUGCAACGACAAUGAUGAAGCUUUAUCAUUGAAGAAGAAAAGCUUUAAGUUUGAUGUAAUUGAAAAGAUUGACGUAAAAUUUUAUUUUUAA